AUGAGCACAUAUGGCACUUUAUUAAAAGUAACAUCCUACGGAGAAAGUCACGGGAAAGCUAUUGGGUGUGUGAUCGAUGGAUUUUUAUCUAAUAUAGAAAUAGAUUUUGAUUUAAUACAAAAACAAUUAGAUAGACGAAGACCAAACCAAUCAAAACUAACUACUAAUAGAAACGAAAAAGAUAAACUUGUUAUACUUUCAGGAUUUGAUGAAAAUAAAACAUUAGGUACACCUAUUACAUUUUUAAUAUAUAAUGAAGAUAUUAAAAAAGAACAUUAUAAUUCUUUUAUAAAUAUUCCUAGACCAGGACAUGGGGAUUAUACCUAUUUUAUGAAAUAUCAUGUUAAAAAUAAAAGUGGAAGUAGUAGAUUUUCUGGAAGAGAAACGGCCACAAGAGUUGCUGCUGGGGCUUGUAUUGAACAAUGGAUUUAUAAAUCUUAUAAUUGUUCUAUUGUUAGUUAUGUACAUUCAGUUGGGAAUAUAAAGAUACCUGAACAAGUCAGCAAAGAAUUGGAAAAUAAAAAUCCACCCUCAAGAGAUUUAGUAGAUUCUUAUGGAACCGUUAGAUAUAAUGAAAAAGAAAAAAUAUUUAUGGAUUGUUUUAAUAGAAUAUAUGAUAUUAAUGCUUCUAUGUUAAAAACUGAUGAAUAUAAUAAAAACACAUUGACUAUUCCUUCAAUAGAUAACACGUAUAUAAAUGUAAAACCUAAUAAAUGUAAUAUAAAUCAAGUUGAUAAUAAUUAUAACAAUAAUAUUAAUGAUAAGGAUAACACUUUUAAUAAUUCUGAAAAAUCGGAUGAAUGGAUUUAUCUACAAACAAGAUGUCCACAUCCAUAUACUGCUGUACAAAUUUGUUCAUAUAUUUUGAAACUAAAAAAUAAAGGAGAUAGUGUUGGAGGUAUUGCUACAUGCAUUAUACAAAAUGCUCCUAUAGGUAUUGGAGAACCCAUUUUUGACAAAUUGGAAGCUGAGCUAGCCAAAAUGAUUUUAUCUAUUCCAGCCGUGAAAGGAAUAGAAUUUGGGAGUGGAUUUAAUGGUACGUAUAUGUUUGGAUCAAUUCAUAAUGAUAUCUUCAUACCUGUAGAAAAAAUGUGUACAAGAAAAGAAAGUGAUUUAUUAUAUGAUGAUAAAAGUGAAUGUAAAAAUAUGUCUUAUCAACCAACAAUUCAAAAUAAUCAGGAUCAAAUAUUAAAUUCAACUAAAGGAUUAAUGCCUACUAAGAAUGACAAGAAUUUUAGUAAUAUUGAUUACGAUGUUACUUUUAAUAAUAAUGAAGAAAAAUUAUUAAUUACAAAAACAAAUAAUUGUGGUGGAAUCUUAGCUGGAAUUUCAACAGGAAAUAAUAUUGUUUUUAGAUCAGCAAUAAAACCUGUAUCAUCAAUACAAAUAGAAAAAGAAACAAGUGAUUUUUAUGGAAAUAUGUGUAACUUGAAAGUUCAAGGUAGACAUGAUAGCUGUAUUUUACCAAGAUUACCACCAGUUAUUGAAGCAUCUGCUUCUAUAGUUAUAGGAGAUUUAAUAUUACGACAAAUAUCUAAAUAUGGAGAUAAAAAGUUACCAACAUUGUCUAGGAAUAUGUAA